AUGUCGGAAUACAAGGUGGAGUAUGAUUCUGAGCUGGAUUCCUUCCAGCUCUACCACCGAUACGAAGAACCCCAACCGAACCUAGACUGGAAGCGCGCCGCUCUCAGCGGGCCUGCGCUUCCGGCGCUGGGUAAUGCCGUCGCGGGUGCAGUCGGCUCCGCACUCUCGAACGUCGCUACGUAUCCGUUGAGUUUGAUCGUUACGCGAUUGCAGACGCAGAAGGUCAGAAAGGGUACAGAGUCGGAGUCGGGGUCGGACGCCGAAUAUACCAGCGUCAUUGACGCAGCUCGCAAGAUCUACGCCGAGGAAGGCAUCGCCAGUUUUUACACCGGUCUAGCGCAAGAUACGAUAAAAUCCGUUGCGGAUUCGUUUCUCUUCUUCCUUGCGUACGAGUUCUUUCGCCAGCGGAGGAUACGUGCUCGGUUUGGGAAUACGCGCCGGAGCAAACAUACGGUUUUACCGGUGCUGGAUGAGUUAGCGGUGGGGGUCCUGGCAGGGGCGUUUGCGAAGUUGUUUACGACGCCGUUGGCGAAUAUUGUGGCAAGGAAGCAGGCGGCGAAGGCUUCUGUUGAUGGCGGUACCAGGGAGAUUGCUGCGCGGAUUAGGGCUGAGAAGGGACUACGGGGGUUUUGGUCUGGAUAUUCGGCGUCGUUGAUACUGACGCUUAAUCCGUCGAUUACGUUUUUCUUGAACGCUGUGUUGAAGUAUGCCUUGUUGCCGAGGAAUCAGCGGCAGAAGAGACCGUCUGCUGUGGCGACGUUCUUCUUGGCGGCGGUCAGCAAGUCGAUUGCCUCGUCGGUGACUUAUCCGUUUUCGAUGGCGAAGACGCGGGCGCAAGUUGCGGGGAGUCAGACUACGGUGACUGCUGAUGGGGAGAAGAAGAAGGAGGAUGAAGGGGUGUCGUUGAUGCCGGCGAUUGUCAGUAAUGUGGUUGCGAUUGCGCGCACUGAAGGUGUUGCUGCGCUUUAUGCCGGGCUACCCGGGGAGGUGCUCAAGGGCUUCUUCUCGCAUGGGUUUACGAUGCUCGCGAAGGAUGCGGUGUAUUCGGCUAUUGUGAAGAGUUAUUAUCUUUUGUUGAUUGCGCUUCGGAGGUAUCCUACGCCGGAGGAGCUGCUUCAGCGGGCUCGCGAACAGGCGGAGGAGUUUGCUGAUGCUGCCCGUGAGGGUGCUCGUGAUUUGGCAGAGCGAACGCGGAGUGGCACGGAGGAAGUCCUGAGUCACCAGGCUGGGGGUGUGACGGUCGAUAUGACUUCGAGUGAUUUGGCAGAUUCGAAUGAGACGGCGGAGAUGGUGGGGGAUUAUGUCGAGGAUGAUGGUAGUGCGAAGAGUUUGUAUCAUUGGUUUUGGGAGAAGGAGGGAUAUGGCAAGGACUGA